CGACUGACCAACUUCCCAAUCGUUCGCAUCGUUCCUACGCAUCCUGAUCCAGCAUAAUCUUCGAGCAGAUCCCUCACAUCAUCUCCAAUUCUGCGCACACUUCUUCCUUUGCCGAUUCGCCACUGAGCGAUCCUUGACCCUGCGCACUAAGACCUUAUCCACGCACCUUCCCUCUAGUCCACUCCCCCCUCCCUCCGGCGGGAUCAGGAAAGCGCAGGAUCGCCUCAUUGCUGCUUCCCCUUGUGCUCCGACUACACAUCCUGCAUCACCACCACCAUCCGCUCCGGCUCACAUUCUCACUCUCAUUCUCAUUCUCAACCCAAACUCCACUCUCGUCUGUCGAAUUGUCUCCGGAAUUUGUCUUCAUCUCCUCUGCGACCGCCGCACCUACCCACCCUCAUAAGCACAACCCGCCCACUCCUACCGCCACAAUGGCAAGUACAUUCCCAGGCACCACUUCGCCGUUCCAACCUUCAUCAACUGUAAUGCACGCGGUGCAGGAGGAGGACGAAAACGAUCCUGUCGGUUCUCCCACCUCCUCCCAUUUCUCUCGAACUGCCAUGUCCUCCAGCAGCCAGCCACCAGCCGCCUCGUCGAGCACUUUUGGCAAUUUUGGCGGCUUCGGCGAGUCCAUCGAGUCCGGCGAGCCCAAGAACCUCCCCAACAAUUACAACCUGAACCGACGCACCUCUGUGUCCGCCGAGUCGCUCGCGCCCGCCGCUAGUGACGAGAAUUGGAAGCCGCCACAGCACGAAAAGUCAAGCGAGCAGAGAGAGCGCUUGUAUAAAGCCGUCAAGUCCAACUUUUUGUUCUCCCACCUAGACGAUGACCAGGCCGCGCUAGUGCUGGGCGCCUUGCAGGAGAAACCCAUUCCUGCCAAAGGCAUCAAGGUCAUUCAACAAGGAGAUACGGGCGAUUUCUUCUACAUCGUCGAAAAGGGUAAUUUCGAUAUUUUUGUCAACAAGUCUGGGCGUCUUGAGCCUGGACCUGACGGCAUGGGCGAGAAGGUUGCCUCGUGUGGUCCGGGAAAUUCGUUUGGCGAGCUUGCGCUCAUGUACAACGCCCCUCGCGCGGCAACCGUGAUCAGUACGGAACCUGGUAUGCUCUGGGCACUGGAUCGUGUCACCUUCCGUCGUAUCCUUAUGGACUCCGCAUUCCAGCGUCGCAGGAUGUACGAGUCCUUCUUGGAGGAGGUACCCCUCCUCGCUAGCCUGAAACCCUAUGAGCGAAGCAAGAUUGCCGAUGCGCUUGAGACGCAGAAGUACGCUGCUGGUGAGACGAUCAUCAGAGAAGGCGACCCGGGCGAAUCCUUCUUUAUCCUGGAGUCCGGCGAAGCCGACGUCUUUAAGAAGUCCGAGGGCAACACCGUUCUCAAAACAUAUAAGAAGGGCGAUUAUUUCGGCGAGUUGGCGCUACUGAACGACGCACCACGAGCCGCCACCGUAGUCGCGAAAACUGAGGUGAAAGUUGCGACCCUGGGCAAGGAUGGAUUCCAGCGAUUGCUUGGUCCUGUUGAGAGCAUUAUGCGGAGAAAUGAUCCAAGCAGGCAGCAAAUUGAAGAGGUUGACCCACUGUCCAAGUCAUGAGCGCUGCAUUUUAUUAAUUCAAUGCUAAACCUUUCUUGCCAGAGAGUCUUCGACGCAGUGGAGACAAUGGCAAUGCAUUGAAGAUGAGACUACGGCCUCACUAGGAGAAACGAAAUUGGGUGUGAAUAUGAGGGAGGCCCACGAACAGAUAUAAAAUACCCGACACCAGAAUUACUACGAGUAGUAUGACGACUUUGCUUCCCGGUGCAUGCGAACGAACGAAUGAAUAUUACAAGAAGAAAAAAAAUUAUUGAUCCAAAGAAGCUACCUAUGUAUGACGACGGGGAUUCGAGUUCGUUCAUCUUUUUCUUCUCCUGUACGACCGCAUAGACUCUAACCUCUUUUUUUUCGGGUGUCCGUAAGGGAGGAGCUGCCUCAUCUAGGCUUCGGGGGAUUUUUGAUCCCGCCCCAGUUGCGAAACGUUCUUGCUUUAUACAUGGAGUUGUACGUACGUAGCCUGAACAAAUGCGCAUUGCAAUUCGCGUAUUGCCA